AUGAACGGUGGGCCAAUAGCAGCUGCCAUGCAACAGCCUUGCCCCAGUUUUCCCUUGCACGGAUGCGGCGCCGGUUCCUUGGGGAUGAAGUUCCAGCUGAUGCCAGGUGCAGUCUCCUCCUCGGUGCAGCAGCAGCUGGUGGCCGCUAAGGGCCCGGCUCAGAACCCCAGCUCGUCCGCGGCGCGCUGCAAAGGCUCCAAGCGGCGCUCCGGCUCGCCAGAGCUGCUGCGGUGCAAGAGGCGCCUGGCUUUCCCGGGGCUGGCCGGGCAGCCGCAGCCGGCUGGGGGAGCCGCGGCCGUGGCCCGGCGCAACGAGCGCGAGAGGAACCGGGUGAAGCUAGUGAACCUGGGCUUUCAGACCCUGCGCCAGCACGUGCCCAACGGCGCCGCCAGCAAGAAGAUGAGCAAGGUGGAGACGCUGCGCUCGGCCGUGGAGUACAUCCGAGCCCUGCAGCAGCUGCUGGACGAGCACGACGCCGUCAGCGCCGCCUUCCAUGACGGCCUCCUGCCUCCCGCGCGGGCCGCCCCCAGCGGCGGCUGCUCCUACUCCUCCGCGUCGCCCUCCUUCGCCUCCUCUUCCUCCUCCGGCGGCCGGGAGGGCAGCUCCGUGCCGGGGUCCCCGCACUCGGCUUAUUCCUCGGAUGAGAGCGGCUACGAGGGGGCGCUGAGCCCCGAGGAGCGGGACCUGCUGGACUUCACUAGCUGGAUCGGGAGCUACUGACCUCCGCCGCAGCAGCCUUGAAAACAGAGAUGUGCCGGACCUCAGUACCUCAUUGUCCUUGAUGCCUGUUAUGAUGCAGCAGAAGAGCAAAAUGGACUCUUCUUACUACAUGUUUUCUACCUUCAAGGAGCCCUAUUGUCAAGGUCUUUAAGGGACUGGGCUUUGGAACCUACCUAACAGGGUUCCUACUUGGAACAAAAAACUGUGUUUCUUAAUUUUUUUUAAAAGUGCAAUUAUAUAAAUAGGUUAUAGGGACUAUAGGGACCAAUUUCUUUAACUGCUGUUGUACAGGAGUUUAUGGU